AUGCCUUUUAUUAAGGAUGGUGAAAUCGUAAGAGUUCCGAAUUCAACGGUUUACACAGCUGUUCAAAACAGUUUACAAAACAUUUUAGCGAAUAUCUUUAAUUCAGAAACUACAGAAAUAAAAUUACCAUAUAUAACAGAUGCUAAAGAAAUUAAAUCAAAAACGACAACAUUAUUUACGUCACUUAAUGAUUUAAUGACUUAUAUCAUUAAUAUUCCUGCACCAACUACAGCAUUUGAUCCAAACUCGACGGUUUGCAGUGUACCUUUCAUAAAGUCGCAAACGGACUCUUUGAGUCCUGAAGGUCUUUCAGACCGAAGCGACCAGGGCGAAGCCCAUGACAGUUCAUUAAUUGUUUUAAGGGAUUCAACAGUUAAUGAAUCAUUAAAGGCGUCAUUAAUGAAAAUCAUUGAUUUUAAUUCAUUCACGAAUACAUAUAAUUCAUUCAUUAAUGUUUCAUAUGCUUCUAAAGAAGGUGAGCCAAAAACUAUCGAUAAAGCGGUGUAUGAAAUAAAAGCAUCAACGACGAAAUUGAAUUCGUUAACUUUUGACGGUGAUAGUUUCGUUAAUGACAUAACAUCGGGGAAAACAAUUUUAACGAAAGAAUAUUUAAAAUCUCAUGUUAGUGAGUUCGUUGAAAUUGAAAAAGAAGGUGGAAUUAAGUUCGAUCCACUGAAUUUCAUUUUCAGCUUAGCGAAUGCGGGUGUUAGUUUCGCUGAAUGGACAACUAUACAGAGUGAAAUAAAUGCAAUAUGGACGUUUUUGGGGUCAAAAGCGGGAAUGGGUGAGCUUGUAAAUGCUGCAAGAACAUUAGGUGAAACAGGAAAUUUUGUAGAUGGUUUUAAAAGACUUGUUUCAAAUGUUUUAACAAACACAAAGAAAUUAUUUAGAUAUACCAUACAUAACGGACGGAUUUUCGAACAGGUAGCAACAAACCCUCCGGUUAUGGCUGCGUUGAUGAUGGUUAGAGAUAUAAAACCACGUAACGACGGGAACGAAGAACAUGAACAACAGAGCCCAACGGGCUCAGAGCCACAUAGUGGCGAGGAUACUG